AUUAUUCUCCCGUGUACGCAAGGGCAGAUAACUCGAAACUAUCUCUGAACUGCAGCAUGGCGAGAUAUUGUAUCGAAGCUGCACACAAACUUCUAAAUAUUCCGGCUCUGCGCCUGAUACGACCUAUCAGCCAGUCUGCAUACAGACAACAGAGUGAGAGUGAAGAUGUAGUUGCUGAAGAAGAUCAACAAUUGGACCGACAAGAACCUAAACGUCCCAUUGUUGACCCAGAAACCAGCAUCCGGUAUUUAUCCAGUUCAGCCUACAAGGAAGCAUAUGGGGACGACCCUGUGUGGAAACACUACAGGCGAAACUUUAAGGGCUCACUGCCACCCAGAACACGGAAGACAUGUGUGAGGAAGGGUGAGAUCGCAACAGGGAGCCCUUGUCCUGUUUGUCGAGACGAGUUCCUGGUGUUGGAUAUGAAGAAUGUUCACUUGCUGGAACAGUUCAUAUCUCCAUACACAGGCGAGGUGUACGACUUCAUGAAGACGGGACUGUGCCAGACACAGCACAAGAAGCUGGUCCUGGAGGUUCUGAAGGCCAGGAACCACGGUCUGAUCGAGUCAGCGGUUCCCUUCAGGAGAUAUGACUACAGUGAAUACAUGGACGACAAACUGAAGACAGAUAAUGUAUGACUUGCCAGUGUUGUGUGUGAUAGUGAAUAAAGUGUAAAUAGUGA